CUGGGCCUGGCCAGGAUGGACCAGGCUGAUCUAGGGUGUGAGGCUGCACAGUUUUGUCUCAGGGCUGGCAGGGAAGGGGGCAGGACUGGGGGAGCACAGCAGCUGAGAGCUAACCCUGCCUCACCUCUCUGCCAGGGGCCCGUGUUGGAAGGAGAUCUAAGAUGAAGUUAUGGGAUGUUGUGGCUGUCUGUGUGGUGCUGCUCAACAUGGUCUCUACCUCACCCCUGCCCACUGGUAAGAUGCCUCCCAAGGGGCCCCCUUCAGUGGUAGAGGGGCCUGAAGACGAUCUCUCCCCCAUCAGCCUGCUGCCUCCCUAUGCUGUGCAGAGUGACUCUAAUAUGCCAGAGGAUUAUCCAGAUCAGUUUGAUGAGGUAGUGGACUUUAUUCAAGCCACCAUUAAAAGACUGAGGAGGUCGCCGGAUAAACAGACUCCAAUUUUUUCUAGGCGGGAGAGAAACCGGCAAAACACAGCCACAAACGUAGAGAAUUCCAGCAAAAAGGGAAGGAGGAAUCAAAAGGGCAAACAUCGAGGAUGUGUCUUAACAGAAAUACAUUUAAAUGUGACUGACUUGGAUUUGGGAUAUGAAACCAAAGAAGAGCUAAUUUUCCGGUAUUGCAGUGGAUCUUGUGAUGCAGCCGAGACCACGUAUGACAAAAUUAUAAAAAAUUUAACCAGAAAGAAAAAACUAGUCACUGACAAAGUAAGGCAAGCUUGUUGCAGACCCACAGCCUUUGAUGAUGACCUGUCCUUUUUGGAUGAUAACCUGGUUUACCACAUACUGAAAAAACAUUCCGCAAAAAGGUGUGGAUGCAUCUGA